AUGCGCCGAUGCGCCGAUACGCCGAUGUGCCGUUGGGGGCGAACACUCCGAACAUCGUCAACAGAUACACAACACAGCGCGGACAUGCCGCCGCCCACCCGCACCUGCAUGCACCUCGCCCACAGCCGCAGUCCGCAUGCAACUGUAGACGCUUUCUAUUCCUCUGCGUUUCUCCUGGUUUGUUUCGGGAUACCGAACCGUGACCGCCAACCAAGGCGAAAGCUCCACCCUAGAAACUUUGACAGGCGACCCCUACCAGCCCCUACACAAACAUUACGACGCUGUGGGCACCGGGGCCCAGACCUGACGAUCCGCAAUUGGUCGCAACCGCUGCAUUUCCGCCUGGCUGUCAAUGAAUUUUCUUCUCCCUCUCCCUGCUUCACUCGUCGCGCGCUGGCAGGCUGUGCUUUCAGCUGCCGGGCCAUGUGCUGCAUCCUGCUGCGCCAGAGUUUCUCCAAUCGUGCCUCAGACCCUGUGCGACGCUGUCAGCGUGCAUCGCAGAGGUGCAGAGGUCGUGCGAGCAUCCGUUCUCGACAUCGCACCCCACAAUGCCUGCAACACAUCCAGGAUGCUAGCUUGGGCGUGGAUCCCUAG